AUGUCGAUGGUGAAGGCGCCCAAUGCUGAUAUUGAGGAGCUGGCGCCUGAUGCUGAUAUUGUGGAGCUGGCGCCUGGUGCUGAUAUUGUGGAGCUGGCGCCUGAUGCUGAUACUGUGGAGCUGGCGCCCGAUGCUGAUAUUGUGGAGCUGGCGCCUGGUGCUGAUAUUGUGGAGCUGGCGCCUGAUGCUGAUACUGUGGAGCUGGCGCCUGAUGCUGAUAUUGUGGAGCUGGCGCCUGGUGCUGAUAUUGUGGAGCUGGCGCCUGGUGCUGAUACUGUGGAGUUGGCGCGCGAUGCUGAAAUUGCUGAACUGGAGCUGGUGCUGGUGCUCGAUGCUGAUAUUGCGAAGCUGGUGCUGGUGCUGGUGCUCGAUGCUGAUAUUGUAAGGCUGGUGCUGGUGCCGACAUCGGUGCUGCGGCACGAGGCGGGCUAUCACCCACAUUUCGCACCUGAAACUUUAAUGUAA